AAGGGGGGCCGGCGAGAGGAAGUGGCAGCGGCGGCGGCCGGGGGAGGCCUGAGCUGUGUGUCUGCGCGGGCGGCAGGCAACGGCCGGGGAGGGCGGCGGCAAGCGUGGGUUGGGCUCCGGCGGGCGGCCGCACCUCAAGACUCCCCGGAGCGGGAGCCCACGCGGGCGGGCUCCCGAAACAAAGAGAAGCGGGAGUCCGGACGCGGCGGGUGGGCGGUCGAGCCUGGUUCUGCCCCGGAGCCCGCCGGCGGGUACCCGCGCCGAGCCCGGAGCGCGGCCGCUCGGCGCGGCCUGAAGGGCGGGAAGAUGCCGCGCGUCGUGCCCGACCAGAGGAGCAAGUUCGAGAACGAGGAGUUCUUCAGGAAGCUGAGCCGCGAGUGCGAGAUUAAGUACACGGGUUUCAGGGACCGGCCCCACGAGGAGCGCCAGACACGCUUCCAGAACGCCUGCCGCGACGGCCGCUCGGAGAUCGCUUUUGUGGCCACAGGAACCAAUCUGUCUCUCCAGUUUUUUCCGGCCAGCUGGCAGGGAGAACAGCGGCAAACACCUAGCCGGGAAUAUGUCGACUUAGAGAGAGAAGCAGGCAAGGUGUACUUGAAGGCUCCCAUGAUUCUGAAUGGAGUAUGUGUUAUUUGGAAGGGCUGGAUUGAUCUCCACAGAUUGGAUGGUAUGGGUUGCCUGGAGUUUGAUGAGGAGCGAGCCCAGCAGGAAGAUGCAUUAGCACAACAGGCCUUCGAAGAGGCUCGAAGAAGAACUCGAGAAUUUGAGGAUAGAGACAGGUCUCACCGGGAGGAAAUGGAGGUGAGAGUUUCACAGCUGCUGGCAGUAACUGGCAAGAAGACAGCAAGACCCUAGUCCUGGUUCCAAUUUAGGUGGUGGUGAUGAUCUCAAGCUUCGUUAACAUGAGCACAGCAUACGUGCUGCCCAUCUCUACAUACACACUGCUUCUAGUUGGUACAAAUCACUCAUUGUGCGACCAGAAACUGUGAUAACUAGAGGUACUACAGUAUCUGUCUUGACCUGAGGCAGCAUGAGACAUCAUCAGCCGCCAUGGUUUGCACUAUAAUACCUGCAUUUCUGAUUUUUAAAACAUGUAGCCAGUAAUAAUCUGAAUUUUUUUUUCUAUGCAAGCUUAUCUUGUUGGCAUUAUUUUAGUUAGGUUGAAAGUAUCUACUUUCUCCUAUUUAAUUUAGAAGUUCAUGUCAUUUGAAAACAAGAUAAGAAAUUAAAAUUUGUAUCAGGGUUUUCUUCAGCCAGUUGCUUAAAUUCUUUCGUACUUUCAGACAAGUUGGCUAUACAGCUUUCCUUCUUAGAUGAGCAGUUUGGUUUUGUUUUCUCUAUGUCAUGUUAUGUUUUUGUAUUCUACACCAUUUUACAAAUGAAGGUGUGCUUAUGUUUUUUUGUGUUUUUUUUUUUUACAAGCUAAAAACCUAGCAUAGAGCUGUCUGCCAUAGCCUCCUAAAACAAAAGUUUACAGUUGUUAAAGCUACAGUAUCCUUUUAAAUGCUAAUAAUUAUCUUUUCUGUCCCUUUUAAACAUAAAUUUUUAAAUUAGUAUUAAUUUUUAUUUGUCUCAGAUCCGUUUCAAGUUGUAUUCUAUAAUCAUGAGUUUGGGUAGAGAUAUCCUCCAUAGGUGAUAAUGUUCUACAGAUAUGCCCAAAGAAGUCACAGACUGGCUUCUGUUUCAUUCAGGGAUUUUUUUUUUUUUUUUUCCAUUUUCUUUUUAAAUCAGUCAGAAAAGGGAUACUGGAACUUCUUGUAUGUAACAGCAUAUUAAACUGGAGGCAGUAAUGAAUCAGCUACAGAGGUAAAUGGUAUGAAAAUCAUGUUUAAGAUAGCUGCUUUCAUGUGUAUUUUGUAUUGCAUGCUUUUGUAGAAACAAAUUAAUUGGGUGAUGAAGUUUAGCCUUAGAAAAUGCUCAUCUGUGCAGAAGAUACAUUUUCUUCCAUUAAUUCUGGGCAAAACAUUGACAGUUAUUUAUGAUGGUAUUUUGCAAAAGGACUAAAUAGCGCCUUUUGAGAUGAGUCAGUGUAACAAUAUUUUUUAAAUAGGCUUAGUGUCAAAUUGCAAUUUUUUUAAAUAUAAAACUGGAAAAAAGUGCUAAUUCAUUUGGCACAUGCUUACAGAUACUUUUCGUGGUCUUAUUCAUUAAAUGUUACUACAUUUCUGAAUUUUUGCAAAAAUGUAUUUUAUCAUAAAAUGGCAUUAUUUUAGAGAAUUGUAAAAACUGACGUGGUCAUUUCAGAAAAGUCUGAAUAAGGUCAUUUAAAAAGCAUAUAAAGAUACUUGAUUGUGGAGAUGUGUCUUUCAUUGUAUAUAGGUCUUAAAAUUCAUAAACAAAUACCCUGUAUUUCAAAAUAAAAAUAUUUGUUAUAUAUUUGACGUCAUGCAUGGUAAAGAUUGUGUUUGAAUGUUUGAAUUAUUAUAAACAAUAGUGUGUUACAAAAGAUCAUGCUGACCUUGUAUGACUAAGUACUAUGAAUGAAUUUGGUUGGUAUUUGAUGUUGUAUAGCUCACAUGUUUACACUCUCAGUGCCCUAAUUCCUCUGGGGGAAUUACCUUCUUAAAGUGAUCCUGUAUUUUUUAAAACAACAUGUUGAUGGUACAUUUUCUCUGUUGCUUCUAGCCAAGAACUCUCAGUCCAGCAGUAAAUAAGAUCACAUGGCAUUAAUGUUGUUGUCGCCCUUCUGUAAAUAGUGUUUCCUACUAGCUCUGCACUGCUUCUGUCUGUCUUAAUGCUGGCGUUAAGAUCAUAAACCCCUUUUCUCCAGUAGUGCAGGUUUUGAAAACUACUUUAAGUUAUUGAUGCAGUUUCAUAUUUUUUCAUAAUCUAUAUUUAAAGUUACAUCAUUGCAUCAUUUUUUCUAAAUUCAUCUCCAUUAAAACUUGCCUUAAGCUACCAGAUUGCUUUGCCAUUAGCUUUACUGUACAUUUGUAUGUUUACUUUAGUUUCACAUUAAAAUUCUGUGUAGUGAAAACAAA